AUAAGAUCAACCGUUGCACGGCUACAGACACUGCCAGCCACGUCCUGCCUCUGAAAAAUAAAAAAUAUUGUGCAUUUCCUUUUUUUUUUUUUUUAGCUUUUAAACGUUCGUUCCGUCAUCGAUCUUUUUUGGUACAUCGAGCUCUGUUGAAUUAGUUUUUCAUAAGCAUAUAAGAAGACUUUGAUGGGAAGGAUGAAAAUCAUGUCUUCGCCCGAACAGGAGAGGAGAUGUGGCGUUCAGCUGCUGAGCGCGCUGCUGCUGAUGAUGCUCUCGCUCUCUGGUUGUUCAAGCAUGGAUGUGAUAGUGCCCAGUUACAUCAAUGCACUCAAUGGAACAACUGUCAUAAUCCCCUGUACCUUCACUUCCUGCUAUAAAAUUGACCUCACAAAGUUUGCUAUGAAUUGGACGUAUCAAGAGAGCCUGAACAGCACAGAGGAGAAGUUCAUGACUUAUGAUAAGAAAAAAGGAAUGCAACCAGUGCCGUUGAACCGCUUCGGAGAUAGGGUGGAGUUUUCUGGGACCUUGGAUAAAAACGACUUAUCAAUCAAGCUAACGGAUGUUCAACUGGAGGAUGAGGGGAUUUACAAUUGUUACGUGAGGAACCCUCCGGAUCGCAUCCAAGGACAUGGUGUCAUUAAAUUCAGUGUGGUCACAGAACUUCCCCCUCCAAGAGAUUCAACCAUUGCUGUUGCUAUUGGGGCAUCAGUGGGAGGAGCUUUGGCUCUUCUGAUCCUCUCAAUGGUGGUUGUGAAAUGUCUUCGUCGACAUCGAAAGCAAGAACUGAUUUCAGAGGAAAAGAUGGAGGAGGAGGGAAAGCUCGAGCCUGAAGCUGUUGCAGAAGAGGGAACAAAAUUACCAUAGUAACCUAAACCAGCAUCUAUGGAUCAUCAUCUCCAUCCAUGAAAUGUGCACCCCCUCCUUCAGAUGCUAUAGUAUCCACUGCGCAAAUCAUCACUGACCAAAUGGGUCC